AUGUCAAGGCAAUCUCUCCUACCUCCUCGCUGCCCGUUUCAGAAACAUGUGGUUUCUCGUCCAGUUCAUGACUCCUACCCACAACACCAUAGAUCUCCCUCCCAAGGUUCAAUUUUGGAGGAGAAGCCAGCAUGGCUUGAUGAUUUGUUAAGUGAUGAAGAUGCAGAUUCCAAGGAAACUUGUCUUCGCCGGUCGGCCAGUGAUUCGGUCACCCUCUUGGAUGGUAUUGUGGAUUCAUUUUCGGGUUUGAGUCCUUAUAACGAUGAAGCUGCUUCAGAUGGGAAUGAAACUUGUAGUGGGCUGAAGUCAGCUUCUAUGUAUGGUCCUAAUUCUCCUAGGCGAAGAGGGAAUGUGACCCUUUCGGAGAAUGCGUUAGCUUCAGCACUAUCAGAGUAUGCAUUUCAGAAUCCGCUGCAGUAUGUAGACGGCAGCCUGUGCAUCUCGGGGAUUACCCCCUUGGAUUCAAUGGGGAAUGCAUGUGGUUCAUCUGGGGAGCACAACAGCGAGACAAACGCUGUGAAACGGCACUCUGGGCAGCGCUCAAGAGUUCGUAAACUCCAGUAUAUUGCUGAACUGGAAAGAACUGUUAAUGUUCUGCAGACUUUGGAGUCCGAGUUGGCUGUCAAGGUUGUUUCUAUGCUCCAGAAACGCGCCUCCUUGUCCCUGGAAAACAGCACAUUAAAGCAGCAGGUGGCCAGACUGAGGCAGGAAAAAUUGAUCACAGAGACUCAACAUAAGGCUUUGAAGAAGGAAGCUGAGAGAUUGAAAAACAAGUUAAGCUGUUCCACAAAUAAUAAGUUCAGAACAUAUUCCAGAUCAACCCCUCCAGAGGCAGCAGAAGUUAAAUGGCAGAUGGCGAAACUUAAUCUUAACUAA